AUGAAGCUGAACAUUCUUGCCGUCAUCACGCUCCUUGGCUGUACCGCGGCCGCCGUUGUUAUUGCGGACCGUCAGGAGACGUCUGGUAAAGACGAUGCCAGCGUUAUGUUGCGUGGCUGCAAAGAGCGCUUUAUCGACUGUCAGGAUUGCUAUGAUAGGUACUGGGCUUGUCAGCAGGACAGUAUUCCGUCCUCGAUCAACUGCAUUGCUUUCUGCGAUGGAUGCGGUGGCUGUUAA